AUGCCUGUGACUCUGGUAGACAGGUUGCCCUUGCCAAAUCUCAAGGUUUAUACGGCUGGCAGUGUGUUGCUACUUUCGGUUGCUGUGUAUUACGCAGUCAGUGUAACUAAUGACCCCAACUGGCGAACGAAUACUACAUUGCAGCGGUCAGAAGCUAUUGCAGCUGCUACCGAUGGAGAGAAUGCCAAGUCUCAACCGGCGGCGCUGGCGCCGCUGGAGGCCAUGAAUGAUACCAGAAACAUGACAGAACAGAUUGUAGAAGUUAUGACUUUCAUGAUGCAGGAGCCACUGUGUAUGUGGACGGUGAUCAACAUAGCGUACUGCCUACUCGCGGUGAUCGGCUUCGGCGUGCAGCGUGUGGUGUUCGGGCGGCUGCGGGUGGCCGAGGCGCAGCGGGUGAAGGACAAGUUCUGGAACUACGUCUUCUACAAGUUCAUCUUCGUGUUCGGCGUGGUGAACGUGCAGUACAUGGACGAGGUGCUGCUCUGGUGCUCGUGGUUCACCCUCGUCGGCUGCCUGCACCUGCUGGGCCAGCUCUGCAAGGACCGCUUUGAAUACCUGUCCUCCUCCCCGCAAACGGCCCGCUGGGCGCACGCUCGCCUCUUGGCGCUGCUGCUGGGCAUCCUCUGCGCCGCCACCGCCCUCAUGGUGGCCGCGGCUCGCUGGGGCCUCCCCGCCGGACGCGACACCUUCGCAUUCAUGUCGGCAGAGUGCCUGUUGGUGUGCGUGUCCGCGCUGCACGUGGUGGCGCGGGUGGUGCUGAAGGCGCGCGACGCUGACGCCGCCGGCCCCGCCGCCUACUACACCCACCUGGUGUUCGACUCGGUGUCGCUGGUGACGGAGCUGGCGCACGUGGCCCACAUGGUGGUGCACAGCAACGCGCUGGUGUCGAUGGCGUCGCUGGUGCUGCUCAUGCAGCUGCGGCACCUGCUGCACGCGCUGCUCGCCCGCCUGCGCCGCCACAGGCUGUACACCGCGCUGGCGGACCACAUGAGCCGCAACUACCCGAUGGCCAGCCGCGAGGAGGUGGAGAAGAACGAGGACAACUGCGCCAUCUGCUGGGAGCCCAUGAAGGAGGCGCGCAAGCUGCCCUGCUCCCACCUCUUCCACAAUUCGUGCCUGUGCCGCUGGGUGCAGCAGGACGCGUCGUGCCCCACGUGCCGGCGCGCGCUGGCGGCCGGCGAGCCCGCGCCCCUCGCGCCCCUCGCGCCCCGCUCGCCCCUCGCGCCCCUCGCGCCCCUAGCGCCCCUCGCCCCGCUCGCUCCGCUGCCGCCGAGGGCGCCCGACGCCGCACCGCCCCCCAACCACUUCUUCCACUUCGACGGGUCGCGGUACGUGUCGUGGCUGCCGAGCUUCUCCGUGGAGGUGAGCCGCGCGCGCGCCUCGCCGGCGGCCGCGUCGCAGCUGGACGCGAUGGCGCGCCAGGUGCAGCAGGUGUUCCCGCAGUUCGCGCUCGCCGCGCUCGCCGCCGACCUGGCGCACACGCGCUCGCCCGACCUCACCGUCGAGAACAUCCUCGCCGGCCGCCUGCUGCCCAUAGCCCCGCCCCCGGAGGAGCCAGUCGCACCGCAAGUCCAUGAAUCUACGAUACCGGAGCCGACCACAAAUACUACAGUUGACGCCAUAACCACAUCUGGAUCAACAACCAGCACUGGAUCUCUGGACGACUUCAACGGAACUGCCGCAUCCGCCACAGAUUAUGAUGAACAAAUGGAUCCUUCAUCCAUGGCGGUGCAGUUCGAAAAAAGUGCAGCGGAGCGCGAAAGCAUGCUGCAGCGGCGCAAGGAGCAGCUGGUGGCCGCGGCGCGCCGCCGCUACCUGCAGCGGCAGCAGCAACAGCAGCAGCAACCACUGGCGCAGCCGCCGGCGCAGGGCCCGCCGCGCAGC